UUGGCGUAAAGACGAUCGAUCAUGGGCGAUUGCACCCCUGUUGGACUCCACGUUGGCAUUUUGGCGAUUCAAGGAGCGUUUUCUGAGCACAAAAUUUCCUUGACAAAAGCCAUUAAAAACUACCAAUUCGAAAAGCCUAUAAAACUCUCGCUUGUGGAAGUCCGAGAAGAAGAAAACCUUGAGGGACUAGAUGGUUUGAUACUCCCAGGUGGCGAGAGCACAACAAUGGCGAUCUUUCUUGAAUCAAAUGGGCUCACACAAGUACUCAGGAAUUGGAUCAACAGUGAUAAGUCGAGGGUUGUUUGGGGAACCUGUGCAGGAUUGAUUCUAAUGUCAAACGAGAUCGAAGGAAAAAAGCAAGGGGGACAAUCUCAGAUUGGUGGUCUCGAUGUAACUACAUCUAGGAAUUUCUUUGGCCGUCAAUUAGAUAGUUUUGAAUGUGUUUUAGAUAUAAAGGACUCCAAACUUCAAGAAAACUUUAAGGAUUCUUCACAAAAAGGAGUACAUGGAGUCUUUAUACGAGCUCCUGCUGUUUUAUCAGUCAAUAGCCCUGAAGUCAAAGUACUUGCAACAGUAAGCACCCCAUCUAGUGAGAAGCCUGUCAUUGUCGGUGUUGGACAAAGAAACUUGAUAGCCACUGCAUUCCAUCCAGAAUUGACUGAAGAUCCUGGAUGGCAUGCCUAUUUCUUGCGUAAAGUUUUAGCAGCAAAAAUACAUUCAUGACUGAUACUUGCAGAAACACUAAUUGCAUAACAAUACYCCACGAAAAGGAAUAAUCAUUAAAAAGAUUAACUUUAAAGCUAAGAUAWUUGAGUACAUCAGUCUAUUACAUGUACCUAUACCAUUUACUUGUAAUGCUUUCACUAAAGACCAGAAAUUGUAUUGGUUAAAUUAUUAUGGGGAUGGAAAUUGAGGUUAUAAGACUGGACAGUACAAGUGUAACAUUUGACUUUAUUUAUCUUAUUUMCAUUUUUUAUAAUCUAGAUUUAGAGUUACAGGUGUAAACACAUUGUAUUCUGACAUUGUGUGAUAUAACUA